GCCGCCGCGGCGAAGCUCGGGCUCGGCUGCCCAGGUCCCCGCGCGCGUGCGGCUCUCCGGCCUCGUACCGUGAUAGUUUCCGAUAAUGUGGGGCGGAGGAACCCAUCACAGGCAUGAUCAUCACAAGCACGAGCAUCACGCUCAUUUCCCUUCCGCAAGUUCCAAGGAGCCAAAGUUCAUAGCGGACAGUUACAGCUCGGUGGAUGAGGUCAUUGCUGCAUUGAGAGAAGCUGGGCUUGAAUCGUCAAAUCUAAUUCUUGGGAUUGACUUCACCAAAAGCAAUGAAUGGUCAGGUAGGCAUUCCUUCAGAAGACAAUCUCUGCAUGCCAUUGGUGGCACACCAAAUCCAUAUGAGCAAGCCAUUUCUAUAAUUGGGCGAACACUAUCACCUUUUGAUGAUGAUAACUUGAUUCCAUGUUUUGGAUUUGGUGAUGCUUCCACACAUGAUCAUUCCGUCUUCAGCUUUUAUCAAGAAAACCGUCCUUGUCGAGGUUUUGAGGAGGUUCUUGAAAGAUACAGACAAAUUGUUCCACAUUUGAACCUUUCAGGCCCAACUUCUUUCGCACCUCUUAUUUACGCGGCGAUGUCUGUGGUGGAAAGCAGUAAUUGGCAAUACCAUGUCCUUGUCAUCAUAGCUGAUGGACAGGUGACCACCACAAAUUCCAGUGACAGGAGAUUAAGUCCACAAGAACAGGCAACUAUACAAGCAAUUGUUGAUGCUAGCUUCUAUCCUCUUUCAAUUGUGAUGGUGGGAGUGGGUGAUGGACCAUGGGAUGCAAUGCAGCAUUUUGAUGACUGUAUUCCUGACAGAGCAUUUGACAAUUUCCAGUUUGUGAACUUCACUGAUAUCAUGUCAACAAGCAAGGACAUGUCAAAGAAGGAGGCUGCGUUUGCGCUUGCAGCUCUUAUGGAAAUACCCACUCAAUAUAAAGCAACUCAAGGCCUCCGACCGUCAGAAAAACACGCACAAAAGGCCAUUCCUCCGAGGAUUCUCCCUCCUCCAAACAAAGUUCUUGAACGCGACAAUGUUGUUGCUGCUUCGCAUGCUCCAACAACAACCUCCCGCUCGACGGAUGUUGGCAAGAACGUUUCGGAUGAACAGGUAUGUCCAAUCUGCUUGACGAAUCCAAAGGACAUGGCGUUCCAAUGUGGUCAUCUGACAUGCAAGGAAUGUGGUCCAACACUAUCGACAUGCCCCCUGUGCCGUGCCCCGAUCACCGUGCGUGUAAGGCUCUACUCGUAAAGAUGAUGUGCCUGCCUGGUACUUCUGCAAACAGAGCAAAAAUCUGGAAGGGCAAGGAGAUGUGAAUAGGGCUUUACUGCAUAUGUCUAGCACCAACUGCAUUGGUUGAUGAAUAAUUUCAGUCACAACUAUUGCUUGUACAGUUUAAUUACUAUGAUAUGGCAGUAGUAGGAAACUGUGUUUUCUGGUGAAAUCAGAAUGGAAUACCAAUAAUUGUGUUGCAAUAUGAUUUGUCUCCUCC